ACCGAAUCCCAAAGCUCAGGACACACUGUGCGUCAGUUGUAUUUUCAUAUUGUGCGUGCUAGGUGGUGUGUGUGUGUUCGGAUAUUUUUAAUUUAUACAUGGUAUUAUUUUUAUAGAGCAAAUCAUGUACAUUUGAGAACAUUAUUUUUAUACAAAGACAAAACAGACAGUACAAAUACCGGUGAAGUACAAAUCAACCAGGUAACUCCGAACUAAUCUCAGCGAAAUUCAGGAUAAAGAAAAAAAUGACAAUAACAAUAAUCUAGUCCGUAUAUUCUAAAGAAAUAAAACGCCAGUCUCAAGGGAGAAUCUCCUUGUCCAUCGCAACAACCAAAACAUGCCGACAAUAUGAGCGAAACUCUCAGUCAAGACCAGGAGGGUCUCUCUUCCGGAUACACGACUCUGACGUCGUCCUACCCGCCGACUCCCGCCACGCCGAACUCAACGGUCCAAGAUGCGCCCCCUGGGUCCAACCUUCCGCCCUUCUCCACCUUCUCAGCAGACAUGGACUCCAACGGGGGCUUCACAACAAGCUCCGACCGACUCUUCAGCGAUGCCCGUCUCUUAGACAUAUCCAAUUGGGAUUACUAUACGGAGACGAGGAUCCUAGAUCGCGGAGAGAAUGGCCUUUCCAUCAUCUCCUCCCAACCACAGUACAGGCCAUGGGAGUCGAAACCAGUAGAUUCCACUUCAGCCUUUGCUCCCACAACUCAGGUAAACUCACUAGCCGAUGCCUUCGCUCAGCAGAACGGCGCCUCGAAGCUUCCAUCAUUUCAGUCACAAUUUCAGGCUUUUAACGACCCCGCUACUACCAGUGAACCAACCUUAACAACUCUUACUAAUCUCACUCCAGUAUCACCGAACUCUAGUCCCGGUAACCAUAGUUUAACCACCUUGAACUCUAACUUUCACACGUUAAGUGCAGUUAACCCCAGGAGCUACCCUCUGGUGCCUGCGCCUAUCCAAGCCAGGGAGAUCCCGUCGAUUCAGCAGCAGUUCCUGGACGAGAGGCACAUUCAGCUCUACUCCCACCCAACCACCAACCUCACUACCCUUAACACCAGCAUCUUUCCAUCCCAGAACGGAGCUCUCAUCCAGAACAACCAGCUGAUAUCCUCUCCAACCGUGGUGACAGUGUUCAAGCCUUCGGAUGCCGACAUGAAACUGGCUUCUCUGCAGGAUCAGGGUCUGAAGCUGCAGAAUGUCACGCUACAUCCCACGCAAUUCCAGAAUCCGGUGCCUAAUAUCGACAACGGUCUAUACAGUAGUCUGGAUAAGAAGAACGGUGGCAUGGUGAUGAACUCUCCGACCAGAAACGAUUUCCGCAAGAAGGAGCGGAGAAAAAUACGGGCGUCGAGUCUGGAAAGCUCGACGGAAAGCGACGGAGCCUCGAGCAAUAUGGACAUCGGGUCUGAGAAUUCGGGUCAGGUGGCCGCGAUAUCGAGCACCGCGGGUUUCAAGAACCUCCAUUUGCCGGACAAUUCGAGUGUGGACGAUAUCAGUGGCGGCGGGGUGGACAAACAGGUGAAAAAGAAACGAAAACGGUGCGGGGAAUGCAUCGGGUGCCAGAGGAAGGACAAUUGUGGGGACUGCGCGCCUUGCCGAAACGACAAGAGCCACCAGAUCUGCAAGCAGAGGAGAUGCGAGAAGUUGACGGAGAAAAAGAAUCUUUACGGAGAAGGUGGUUUCCUCAGAGGAGAGUCUAGGAGGGGACGGGGAAAGGGACGAGGUGCAGGGAGCUACCGAGGAAGAAAAGCCGGUGGUCCAGUGUCGGCUCUAUCUUCAGGGGCUGUUAUUCAGUCAGAACCAAACGGUGGAGUGAUGCAGAACUCUCAGACCUCACGACCUAGUCCUCAGCCAGCACAAGCGGUCCAUAUGCUCAAGCCAGAUCAGACGAUGCCAUCCGUGCAGCAGCAACCAAUGACUCCUAUGCCUUUCUAUGCAGAUCCUAAUAGGUUUGCUACUCCUGUCUGGCAAACCGACCCCACUCAAGCUUGGACUCAAGGUCAAUUCAUCCAGCAAAUUCCUGCGGCAACUCACACACCGAUCGAAGGCUAUCAACAGUAUUCCAACGGCAUUUACCAAACUUCUUACCAGCAGCCAGCAUUCGAAACUAACACCUUCUACACCGGAGCUGUACAAGUACUGACAAAUCCACGUCCUCCAAGCAAUCCGAACCAUACUGUGCAGCCUCUGGCUCGACCUAACUCUAAUUACUCUCACCAUACGCCAAGUCCAGUUCCUCAACAACCUCCAACACCUCAGAACUCAAACCAAAGAACACAGUAUCAGGAGUAUACGAUACAAAACCAGAAUUACAUUCCUCCCUCCACUACUCCUACUGGAAAUGUGGAUAGCUCCCAACAGGGGAACUUAUCGAGGCCUAGCUCAGUCAACAGUGCUGUUAGUAUCCCCACCUCGAAUCAAAAUUACAGUAAUCAACAGGGUGGCACGGUCUACACCACGGUGAGCAACGAUACAUUCAGUCCCAACGCCAACUCUUCGUUUCCUAACUCAAAUUCGGGAAACGACAAGCCUGGAUAUCCACAGGUGAACAGCAAUCCGCAGCUAGUUUCACACAACUCUAGUGGGUAUCCAGGCAGUGCUAUGUUUAGCGGGGAAAGUAUGGAUCAGCAAAUGUGGCAACAGUCCAAUGCCAAUAGCAAUCAAGUCUGGGAACCCGGACAAUCGAACGAUAGUGCCAAAGAUAAACAACCAAACUACAACCACGAACAAAUCCAUAAGACUGAAGUUCUGUACAAUCACCAUGUUCAGAACAACUCUCACCUUCAUCAAGAACAAGAAACCAAUCUUCCAUCAGACCGUGUCAACAUAAAUACGAAAAUAAAAACGAUGAUAUUGAAUAAGCAGAAUUCAGAGGCAGAGAUCAACGAGAAGAAAAAUGAAAACCACAAUAACGGUCAUUUUUUAUGGUAUAGCCACCAACGUUACUUCCUGAAUAAAAGUAACGCUGGUGGCUUAAAUAAAUCGGAUAACACCAUCAAAGAUGAGGCGAAGAAGACGAUUUCUCUAAACAUAUUCAAAUCUUUGGCAAAUAAACAGGAGGGUAGUCAGUCACUAAUAAUCAACGACAUACUAAAGCAGAAAGAUGGGUUCGGCAACAAGCUGCAGAAGAUUUACAAGCAUUCCAUCAUUCAAAAUGGAGAUAAGAUGAAGAUGAAGACAGAAAACGAGCCUACUCCUUGUCAGUGUCUUUUACCAAACCAAAGUAUUCCUGAGCCUGGAAUUUUUUACACACAUCUGGGUUGUGCAGACAACUUGCGGAACCUGAGGAAGGAUUUCGAAUGCAAAACUGGCGUUAGUGGAAAAGCAAUCAGAAUUGAAAAGGUUCGUUAUACUGGAAAGGAAGGAAAAACAAACCAAGGAUGUCCUAUUGCUAAAUGGAUCCUUCGACGUUCUGGCCAGGACGAGAAAUACUUGGUGAUAGUCAAGCAUCGGCAAGGACAUUUUUGUCGUUCUGCCUUCAUCAUCAUCUGCAUAGUCGUAUGGGAAGCAGUUUCAAGAAAUGCAUCCGACGACCUUUAUAGCCUUCUUACUGACAAACUAAACAAAUUUGGCUUACCGACCAAACGCCGAUGUGGUAUCAACGAUCCCAGGACAUGUGCUUGCCAGGGUACGAACCCUGAUUCCUGUGGGGCAAGCUUCUCCUUCGGUUGCUCCUGGAGCAUGUACUACAACGGCUGCAAGUUCACAAGGUCGAAAUUCGUUCGGAAAUUCCGUCUCAACGUACAGGCAGAAGAGGAACUACUGGAGGAGAAACUUCAGAAGCUUGCUAGUCAUAUAACACCAAUUUACAAGAACUUGGCACCAUCUUCUUUCCAAAACCAGACGCAAUACGAAGACAUCGCUGCUGAUUGCCGUUUGGGUCUGACCAAAGGUCGGCCCUUCUCAGGAGUUACAGCCUGUUUGGACUUUUGCGCUCACGCUCACAAAGAUUCCCAAAACAUGAAUAACGGAUGUACGGCAGUUGUGACCUUGACCAAAAAUAGAAGCUCGCAAAAACCAUUGGAUGAGCAACUUCACGUAUUACCAAUGUACGUAAUCGAUAGCAGCGACGAAUUUGGUUCUGCGGAAAACCAACGCAAUAAAGUAGCGCUUGGGAGUAUUGAGAUCCUACAGAAGUAUAGUUCUGAAAUAAGACUGCUGAGUGCUCCACUAGAGCCUUGUAAAAGAAAAAAUAAACGUAAAUCCGACGAGGGCUCUUCCAAAAAGAACAAUAAUGCUUUAAAGCACAAAGAGCCUCAAUUAAAGCAGGAGGGAAUUGCCAAUGGACAAAAACCUAAUGAACAAGGUACCCUUCCGAGUUUCAGUGUUCUAAACGCUGAAUAUAACCGCAAUCUGAACGGUAACCGCAUCGCUACAAACAAUGAAAUACCUCAAUAUCAAAGAAAUCCAUCUGGAUCUCCUGAUCCAAUGGGACCAAAAUAUUUGAACAGCUAUAGUACUACCUCAUUCUAUCCCAAAUACUGGCACGAUAAAACUGCCGGUUUUCAUAACAAUCAACCGUUUUAUUCUAGUGGUAUUCAUCGUUCUUAUAACUCGAAUAAUUGUACUCAAAAUAAUCCAUAUCAAAAUACUUUUUUUAAUCCAUAUGGUUCCCAACAAAAUAAACAUUCUAGUCGUAAUUCAAAUUUUUUGCCAUAUGGUGUAGAUGAUCUAACUUACACUGGUCAAAAUUAUUCGGCCGGUUUUUCAAAUUUACCAUGUUACAAGGUCAACAACCCUUUCGAUGACUUUCAAGGUCACGAGGAUGCGAGAAUAUUCGAAGGUAGCACAAGUGUCCAAUCAUCGUUACAAUUCCAAAAGUUGUAUACUGAUAAUUUAGAAUGUUUCCGUGACUCUGAGGUUGGUGGCGUUGCUAUAGCUUUAGAACAUGGAAGUCUUCUUUUUGAAUGUGCAAAACACGAACUGCAUGCCACCACAGCUCUGAAAGAGCCUAAUAGGCUUUCACCCACUCGAAUAUCACUAGUUUUUUACCAGCAUAGAAACUUGAACAAGUACAAACAUGGAUUGGAUGAGUAUUGUGGAAAGAUGAAGGCCAAGAAAGAGGAAAAUGAAGGCGUAAAAAUGGAGCCUUUGAUUAUGAAACCCGCUAAGGAUAUUUUAGUUAGGGCUUACUCAUUGCCUACAUUUUCUUGGACGACCCUUUUCCCAAUGCACCCUUGCAUUACUACAGGGCCUUAUCAAAUAAUUAAAGAUUGAAAACAGAAAUUUCAUUCACGUGAAUUUUCCUUGAAUUCCGAAAUAUCUAAAAGAUAUGGGUUGUUGUGAAUAAUAUAGUAGUGAUUACCCUCUUUGUCAUAGAUUCACAAUUUCUUCUUCUGAGAUUAGUAUUCUAACCUCCAACUCCUGAUUUAAAAAAUCUGUGUGUAAGAAUUCAUGUAUUAUUAGUGCCUCUAUGAUCUCAGUAUAUAGAAAAAAUUCUUUUUGUAAAAUCGAGUACAAAAUAGAAUUCCAUUCUGCAUGAUGAAAUACACAAGAAAGGAAUAUUUAACUAAAAAACAAACCAAAUGAGUUCUUUGCCAGUCAUAGUAUUAGUGGUAUAUAAUAUUAUAUAAGAUCUUGAUUGUAAAGUUUGUAAUGUUUUUAUUAUAUCUGUUGAAUUUGUGUACUGCCAUAAUUAUUCGAAUAGUUGAACGUUUUCUAUUUUUGUAUUUUGCUGAUCAAUGAAAGUAUUUGAAGCUCAGAAGCCGAUUUGUUUUCGGAUUUGGGCAGUGGUUAUAUCCUAUGUUUAAGGGCAUCUCAAAAUUUGCCCAAUGAUCAUUUAUUGAUAAAUAUGAGUGCCUACGGUCCGAAUUUCGCUCAGUCUUUAAUUCUUGGGUUUUCAUUCAUUUUCAAUUGACAAAAUUACCAUCGAAGAUCCAUUCGAAGAAUUUCCAUUUUGUCAUGAUGGAGGUUGGUGAUACAGCUAUAUAAUGAUUUAUUAUUUGACAUUCAAAUUCUAGAUAUUAUUUCUCUCCGAGAAAACUAUUUAUUUAUUAAUUUAUUAAUAUGUAUAUAAUUUUACAUUUAUGGGACAUCAAAUUGUAUGACUCGUUUUCAAUAUACUGGUCGGUAAUUGUUAUUUUUAAUUUUCUAUUUUAUUGAUAUUCACGUCCAAGCCUUGAGCUGCUUUUGUAUUAUUUUUGGAAAUUAGUUGACUAGUUGCUGCUUUCAUAUAAAGGAAAAAUAUUAAUUUCAACUUCCCGAUAUCGAAUCAGUUGAUUUUUAUGACAUUGAUAUACAAUUUUUAAUUUCUGUAUUUCACACGAAUAUAUCUAGUCAAAUAAUUUCUGUUCGAAAAUGUGCAAAUCAUAAGGUAUAUAUUUGGUGAAUUUAGGUAUUUUAUAUACAUGUUUGCCUUUAAAGUACCUACAAAAUGGCUUCACUUCGAAGAAUAUAUUUUUAGUAUUGAGAACCCGGUAAUAUACAACAUUUUUGGAUUUUUAUAACAAGAACUUUGUACUCGAUCAAAAAAUUUUUUCGCUGAAUAAUUUUUGUUACAGAUAAUAUUUGAAUUAUAAUUCAAGUUUAAUAAAGGAUACAUACUUUGGGCUUUAUCUUCGUCAAAAUAUCAAGAGUCAAAGUGAAUAAGUGUGAAAUUUGAAAAUAUUGAUAUUAUCAGUUUCGAUCGACAGAGAUGUAUUUUAAAAAUAUCUGUGUUUAUCAGUAGAGUGGCCAAGUGUCUAAGAAAUAUAUUUUUUACAGAAAAGAAAUAUAUAUUGUUCUUACCAUUGCCUAAAAUAAUUAUUGUAUAGUGUUAGUCAGAAAAUUGAACUUGAAAUUCAAGUUUGAAUUAUAAGUAUGUUAAAAUCAAUAUUGCGAUGCCAAAUAUUUAAACGUUGAAAAUACUUUCUUAUGUAUUUAAAACGAUUCUUCCAGGUUUUGAAAAAAUAGUCAAUUUCCCAGUUUUCUGUAAUAUUUUGUUCUCACCUAAUUUAUUUAUUUAUUUAUUUUUUAAUUGUUGUACUUUAUUUUUCAUGACGUAUUUUCAUCGAAACCCUCAUCAUUUCGUUGGGACUCAUGAAAAAUAAAUUAUAAUUACCGAUAUUUUAUAAACUGUACAGUUAGUUAUAAAUCCUUAAUCUUUUUUUGUGAAUAAUUAGAAUUGAGAAGCAAUCUGUAGUGUAAAUAAGAAAUGAGUGAAUAUCUACAUAAUUAUGGAAUUUUGAACAUUGUUGUCUUAAAAUUUAAUAUUUUCAUGUCAAAAGCAAUAUUUUUCUGACUUCAUAUCAUUGGAAAUGCAUGUGGGUAUCCACUCAAAAGGCACCGAUUUUUGAAAACAAUUAAUUAAGUGUAGAAGAUAGAAUUUUGGUUCAAGACUAUAAAGAAUAUUCUGUGUAACGUCUUGUGAAUACAUUUAUAUAAUAUCUA